UACUGUGCACUUUCCUGAAAUUAUGUUACUCCAUCUUACUUCUCGUAUAAUAAAGAUUCUGUCAGGCUAAAGUUCUUAUCUCGAGAGCAAUGUAUAUUGACCGAACAUUUCUAUAAUUACUAACAAAGUUAACAACGCAAUAUAUAACGUUGUACAACCAGUUCUGUUGUACGUACUUUUUCGUUUCUUUUCUUUUCUUAUAUAAUUAGUAUAGUAUAAUAUUCUGAUAUGAUGCAUACUCUGAGAUUAGCAUAUACAAUUGUUAUGAUAUCUGGAUGUUUUCGACCGCAAUCGUGGACGUCUUUAUUUAAACGAACAGUUUAUAAUAUCUACAGAUUAUACGUAAUUACUCUGUUAUACUCGUUCACAAUAUUGCAAAUUAUGGACAUUAUCCUAUUCGUCGACAAUAUUAAUGACUUCACAGAAAAUGUGAAUAUGUCGUUAACUGUAUUAGCAUCAUGCUAUAAAAUAUUUAUCAUGAGUAUAAAUUAUGAGAACAUUAUAGUGUUAAUUAACUAUCUUACUGAGGAGCCAUUUAAACCAUUAGAUUCGGAUGAGAUAAAAAUUCAACAACAAUACGAUAGAAUGAUACGGAACAAUACAUUACGAUAUAUAAUUUUGAUCUUGACAACAAGCGUAUUCGUCGUUUUGUCAUCGGUGUUCACUGACUUUAGGUACAAAAGGCUAAAGUAUAGAGAAUGGAUACCAUACGAUUAUUCAUCUUAUAUGAUAUUUUGUAUAACGUAUGUUCAACAAUUAUUAAGCGGCGGUUAUGGCGCGAUUAUAAAUGUCGCAAUAGAUAGCCUUAUGUUCGGGUUCUUAAUGCAUAUAUGUUGCCAAAUUGAGAUUUUGGAAUAUCGCCUGAAGAAAGUUUCAAGCAAUGAACUUACUGUGGGGUACUGCGUGCGGCAUCAUAAUCGAAUUUUUGAGUAUGCGCAAAUAGUGAAUAUAAGAUUUGAAAAAAUAGUUGGAUUUCAGUUUAUGGCAAGUACGACGGUAAUUUGUUGCAAUUUGUAUCAGUUGAGCCAAUCAUCAUUGAAUGUAAACAGUAUUGGAAUAUUUGGAUUUAUAUGUUGCAUGUUAGCAGAAAUAUUUAUUUAUUGUUGGUUCGGACAAAAAAUUAAAUCGAAGAGUAUACAAUUAACGGAUAGCAUUUUCCAAAUUAAAUGGCCAAUGCUGAGUAUCAGCGUCAAAAGAAAUCUUCUAAUAAUUAUGCAACGUGCGUUAGUACCUAUUGAAUUUUCUGUCGCACAUAUCAUCAAUAUGAAUUUGGACUCUUUCGUGGCACUUCUCAAGACUUCGUACUCUGUUUAUAAUUUAUUAAUACGAGUACAUGAUAAGUAAUUCAAAUAUAAUGUGAUCUGUUUUGCAAUAUAGUUAAAU